ACUCACCGAUAAAGGUCGAGUAAGUUCUAUAUGCAAAUCGGACCCGCAAGAUUCCUUUACUCACAAGGCACGAUCAUAAUCAAUAAUUUGAGCAUCUCUGAAACCAAUCCAUCUGAAUUUUGUUUCGGAAAACCCCAAACAAACAAAGUCAAUCAACGAACCUGAUCUCCGAUCUCUUCAUUUCUUCCCUCAACAAUGCACCAAGGCGGCGAUUACACAUCCUUCUCACAACAACCGCCACAACCACCGUCAUAUUACAGUCAACAGUAUCCUCAAAACCCUAACCCUAAUCCAAUCCCCAAUCCUCCUCCUCCCCUCGUCGAUACUAAUUCUCUUUACGGUGCUCCCUACGCGUCGGCGCCGCCUUUCUCCGCCAAUUACCCUCCUUCCUCCGAUAAUUUCGCUGCUUAUCCCCCGAAUUACCCUCCCUUUUCUCAUAAUCCCGAUCCUGUCCCCUCUCUUUCUCCCACCGCUCCUUCUUACUCUCCAAACCCUAAUUUACAACCACAGUAUAAUCAUAAUCCUGGUCCAACACCUCCUGUUCAAACUCAACCUUCUUUUCCUCGAUUCGAAACUCACGUCCCGUAUCAAUCGCAAGCGAGUUUCCAUCAGUCGAAUUAUCCGGCUUUCGAUCAGCAUCAAUCGAGUUUUUCAAUUCCUCCUGUGCAGUCGAAUGCUAGCACUGAUUACAAUCUGCCGUAUAAUUAUGAGAGUGGUGUGAAUUUCGAUCAGAGUGGUGGGGGAAAUGGUGGGGUAGGGAGAUAUGAUUCGGGCGGGUAUGGUGGCGGGGGAAGUGGAUAUGGUGAGGGGGUUUAUGCUUAUCAGGGGAGUAAGGUGGAGCCUUAUGGUGCUCGAGGGACGGGAUCAAAGUCGUCGACUUGGUCUUCUUCGGGGACAGGGUCAGGGACACCUACUUUUGAUGAUUUUGGGAGGCCAAUUAGUUUUCCUUCUGGGAAAACUCAAUCAGCUGUGAGUACUGGGAAAAUUGCUAGGGCUGUUCCUAAGGCUGAUUCGGAACAAGAUUCUAAGGGCGGGGUUCAGAAAUUUAGAGUUAAGUUGCUUGCCGAGAGUGGCGGUCAGAACACAAUGGAUGUGCUUUGUCAGAUUGGUUUGGAUGGGAUUCGCAUGCUUGAUCCCAGCACUAGCAGGACGUUGAGAAUCUAUCCCCUUGACACUGUUACAAGAUGUGAUGUCACUGAUUCCUCUACCUUCGCAUUUUGGUCCAAAAGCUCUGUUGACAUUGAGCCAAGACGCAUAAGGUUGCAGUCAAAUCGUUACACGACUAACACCAUUCUGGAUACAGUGACAGCUGCAACAGUACAGCUCAAGGAAAUGGGUGGUGGAAGCAGGCCUUCUGAUUCCGUUAAGGUUUCUGAUCAGCCAUCUGAGAAGAAGAAAGGUUUGGGUGACUGGAUGAACCUGAUGAAGCCUGUUAAUGAAGAGAAAGAUCAUUGGGUUCCUGACGAGGCAGUGAACAAGUGCACAGCCUGUGGCUCAGACUUUGGGGCCUUCAUAAGGAGGCACCACUGCAGAAAUUGUGGUGACAUCUUCUGUGACAAGUGUACUCAUGGAAGAAUUGCUCUCACUGCUGAUGAAAAUGCUCCACAAGUUCGAGUUUGUGAUCGCUGCAUGGCUGAAGUUACGCACAGGUUGAGCAACGCGAAGGAAGCAGCAACCAGAUCAGCUUCAUUGGAAAGUCACGAGAAUCUUGCCAAAAAGCUCCAGGAGGAAAUGGAGAGAAAUCGCAAGUCAUCAUCAGGCUCCAAAUCUGAUGGAUCUGGUAAGCGCAUGAAAGAAGUUGCAUGUCCUACUUGUACAGUCCAUUUGCAGGUACAAGUUCCUAGCUCAGGUUCAGAGACUAUUGAGUGCGGAGUCUGCCAGCAUCCUUUUCUUGUUAGCGCACACUGAUGACGUAACAUUAUAAAUAUUUCCCGCCUUUGUUUCUUAUUUGAUCUGUUGCAAUAAGCUAUGUGUUAUUUAACAAUUCGGUUUGGCAUGUGGUCAUCUCUUUCCUUUCUUCACAAGUCUUGCUGAAUGUAAAAAAUAUAUGUGUUGGGUUGAGUUUGUGUGGCUGUUUUCACUUAAUUUGAGUAAGAAGUUUAGUUUGUAGA